CAGCGCGCAGUGCUGAGGCUGUUGUCCUGAAAAGAGCAAGCUUGUCAGGAGCAGGAAGCGACAGAACAACAACGGAAGCGAGAGCAGUUUCUUGCAUCUCGGGACAAUUUCAGCCCUACUUUGUGUGGAGAGGUGUCGAGGAACAUGCGUUCAACGCGCAAGUGAAAAAAAACAAUCUGCUAAUUUAAGUUCCUCCCUGCUGCAACUUUUCAGUCCUUUACCUUGUGCAGAUUCGGACAAGAUUUGUUUUUUUGUUGUUGCUGUUGUUUGCUUAAGCAAGGAUUCAUAAGAUACUUUUUUGAAAUCUUGAGAAAUGUCUCGCAAGAAGGCUGUCAAAGGCAAAGCCGCAACCAGCAGCCCGUCUGCGGGCAGCCCCACCGGGAAAGGGACCGGGAAAGCUGCAAAGAGCAGCCCGGGCAUUGUUCAGAUGAACGGUGUGGUCCAUCCCAGCAGACCCUCCAUCAGCAACAGCAGCGAGUUUUAUGACAUCGCUUUCAAGGUGAUGCUGGUUGGAGACUCUGGCGUGGGGAAAACAUGUCUACUGGUCCGUUUUAAAGAUGGAGCUUUCCUGGCUGGCAGUUUCAUCUCCACUGUGGGCAUUGACUUUAGGAAUAAAGUGCUGAACAUUGAUGGAGUCAAGGUGAAGCUCCAGAUCUGGGACACAGCUGGACAGGAGCGGUUCCGCAGUGUCACUCAUGCUUACUACCGUGACGCCCAUGCUUUACUUUUGCUGUAUGACGUCACCAACAAAACAUCCUUUGACAACAUACAGGCGUGGCUGACUGAGAUCCAUGAGUACGCCCAACAGGAUGUGGUGCUCAUGCUGCUUGGAAACAAGGCUGAUGCCACACAUGAGAGGGUGGUGAAGAGAGAAGACGGUGAAAGGCUUGCAAAGGAGUUUGGAGUUCCCUUCAUGGAGACCAGCGCCAGGUCAGGUCUCAAUGUAGAGCUGGCUUUCACUGCUGUGGCUAAGGAGCUGAAGCACCGGUCUAUGAAGGAUCCCAGUGAGAAGUUUAAGCUCCAGGAGUACGUAAACAAGGAGAUGAAGAGCACAGGCUGCUGCAGGUCUUAAAGCCUGCCUUAGUCAUUCUCU